CACAAUUUGCUUCUCCAUUGCUCUACGUUAACCUAUACACUACUGUACUACACUUUAAAUCUCUCUCUCUCUCUCAAAUGUUAAUAGUAGCAAGCUUGUUUUCUCAGCAUAAUAGCCUACCAAACAAAACCUCUGCUACACUACUCUAACCCCUACCCCUUCCUUUUCUCGUGUUCUAUCUUGUCAUCUAGUGAUUUAAACUAGUACAUUAUUAGUACUAUUAGGCUCUCUUCUUGAGAGAUACAUAAAAAUCAGCACAUAAAAGGGGAAGAUUAUGCCAAGUUUUUUGAGGCAGUUAAGUUCAAAGGAGCCUUGGAAAUCAACAUCAAACAGGUGGAGUGGUAGAAGAACCAGAUACAACAACAACAACAACAGCAGCAUUGGUGAGAGUGUGAAUCAAAGCAUGGAAGAUUUGAACAUGUAUUAUGGUGGUGGGAAUAAUAAAGAGGAGAUUACUAAUAAUGGGGUUAUGGUGAGGAAGAGGGUGAUGGUGGUUGUUGAUGGAACUUCACAUUCAAAGCAUGCAAUGAUGUGGGCUCUAACACAUGUUGCUAAUAAGGGUGAUUUGCUCACUCUUCUUCAUGUUGUUCCUCUUGACAAGGCUUCUGAAUCUUAUUCUUGUUCAACUUACCUUGUCAACUAUCUUGGAUCCCUUUGCAAAGAUUGCAAGCCAGAGGUGGAAGUGGAAGCCCUUGUAAUUCAAGGGCCAAAACUGGCUACAGUGAUGAGCCAAGUAAAGAAGUUAGAGGUCUCUGUCCUUGUACUGGGCCAAAAGAAGCCAUCUUCUUUCUUUAGCUGCCUUUGUGGAAGCAGCGAUAACAGCGGCACAGAGGAGUUUGUGGAGCAUUGCAUCAAUAAUGCAGAUUGCUUGACGAUUGGAGUGAGGAAGAGAAGCCAGGGCACGAAUGGCUAUCUUAUCAGCACUAGGUGGCGGAAGAACUUUUGGCUUCUUGCUUAGAUGUAGAUUUCAUAAGAGGGGUAAUAUGGGAAUAUUAACCUAAUAUAUAUGUUUGGAGCCUUGGAGGGGUGUUACCUAUAAAACUAUUUUAGCAUGUAACUAGUUCUAACUAUAUCGUCGUCCUUGUACCAAUGUAAUCAUAUGAUGUCAUCUUUGUAAGUCUAUGUUACCUGAGAAUAUGAUUAAGAAGCAACCUGCCCAUGCUUGCCAAUAA